UCUGCGGGGGCCCGGGGCGGGGCGGGUGGCAGGUGCAGACACCGGAGCCGCGCCGGGGGACGGGUCCUCCUGGGACAAUUGGCAUCGGCCUGCUCCCUCAAACUCCCGCGCUGGGGCGGCCGACCUGCGCCGUGCCCGCCGGGACGCAGGGGGCGCUGUCGGCGCGCUCCGCCACGACCCCGCUGACCCAGCGCCGGCCUUCCUGCUUGCCGGUCCGACAUGGUCGCCGCGUUCGUGCUUCCCGGCCUGUGCCGAGCGCGGGCAGUGCUACGCUGUUCUCCUGCCGAGCUGCUGAGGGCCCCACGGCGUGGGCAUCGGCUCACGCCGGCGGACGACGAGCUGUACCAGCGGACGCGCAUCUCCCUGCUGCAGCGCGAAUCCCCGCAGUCCAUGUAUAUCGACAGCUACAGCAGCCGCGGCUUCACGGUCAAUGGAAAUCGCGUGCUUGGGCCCUGCGCGCUGCUCCCGCACUCCGUGGUGCAGUGGAACGUAGGAACUCACCGGGACAUCACCGAAGAAAGCUUCUCCCUCUUCUGGUUGCUGGAGCCCCAGAUAGAGAUCGUUGUGGUGGGCACCGGAGCCCGGACUGAACGGCUGCAGCCCCAGGUGCUGCAAGCCCUGCGGCAGCGGGGCAUCGCCGUGGAAGUGCAGGACACGCCCAAUGCCUGUGCCACUUUCAACUUCCUGUGUCAUGAAGGCCGAGUAACAGGAGCUGCUCUUAUCCCUCCACCCGGAGGGACUGUGCUCACAGGCUGCAGAAGGAACCACCAGGAACUGAGCUCACCUGUCCAGGAAGGCGCUGGCACUUCGCGGAGUGCAGGGGUUUCCAGCGCUUUCAUCAGCCCUUCCCCUUUGGCACUGUAACACUUGUCUUUCUUGCCAAAUUAAUAAUUUAAUCC